AUGGCUAAGGACCCCGUUAACCUUGACAACAUCUACGCCAACAAUGUGGGAACUUUCGCGAAGAUCACCAACACUGUGCUGCCAGUAACAUAUCCUGAAAAGUUCUUUGACGAACAGUUUGAUGAAAAGCAUAAAGGAACCUUCUUCGGCCAAUUGGGCUACUUCGGGGAAGUUGCAGUGGGUGGUAUCAGAGCUGAGCUCAUUGCCAACAAAAAUGGCGGUGUGAAGCCAGCUGGUGUGUACAUUCAAGUUCUAGCAGUGCUAGAAGCGUAUCGUGGAAAGACCAUAGGAUCGAAGCUAUUGGGCUACAUAGAGCAACAGUCCAAGGAGCACUUCCAACACAAGAUCUUCGCACAUGUGGCGGUCGACAACGAAACGGGUUUGGAAUGGUACAAGAAACAUGGGUUUGAAGUUAACGGCUCACCACUCAAGGAUUACUACAAGGACACCACCGGAUCACCCGAUGCAUACGUUUUGAUCAAAGAAAUAUGA